CGAGGGUCGCCUGUUCCCGGACACCCUCUUACCUGGUCUGCGGUGGGAGGAGAAAUCUGUCACGGCCGCCUCUUUCGGAUCUUCACUCGCUCUUACCUGGGCGGAAGCGAGCGUUUAGACUUUAACCGCACCUCACCUGCAACACAGGAAGCCGACAGAAAGGGGGAGCCGUUCUUUAGUAAAGAAAACAAAUCUAGGGAAAGACGGAAUAAGGAGGGAAAGGAACAGAGAUCGGCGGGGAAGAGGACCUGUCCUGUACUAGACGAUUCAUGCAUGCCCAUUUGGUCUUGUCAAAGUUUUUUCUCUUGUUCCCAUCCUGUCAACCCUUUGUUCGCUGCACGCUCUUUCGUUUGGAGGCUUGGGAAAAAGCAGGCAACGGUGAAUCAAGUUUCCCCGCCUCAAAAGGUUCCAUCUCAGUUACGGUCGAGCUUCCUCGCGUUGUUUUGUAGGACAACAUCCAUCUUUACUAAGGGUUGCUGUUCCCCAUUUCGCCACUUCUCUAACUGUUCUUCACAGAAAAAAGGCGAGCGGUCUCUGCCUUCAGCCUUAUUGAAAAUUAUAAGUAACGGAAGCCAUCUUUGUUAAGGGCAAUAUACACUUUCCAGAAAGAAUAGCACCGCCUCUUCUACUCUCCUUCGGGAGAGGCGUCAGCUUUACUACAGAGGACGAGAGCAUCAGCUGACAAGCGGACUUCUUUUCCAACAUGGCUGCCUGGCAGAGUAAGCUGUUCUCAAGGAGCAAGAGGAAGAAAGGCAGCGCGAUAGCACUCUGGUUCUUGGGAACCUUGUGGCUGGCUUGUGUCACGGCACCGGGCGUGGCGGGUGGCGACCCUUCGCUGAAGUGCGAAGACCUGAGAAUUGGCCAAUAUAUUUGUGAAGAUCCUAAAAUAGACAAUGAAACACAAGAACCUUUGAAGUGUACAAAUCACACUGCAUAUGUUGCCUGUCUUCCAGCACCAAAUAUUACUUGUAAGAAUUUCUUUGGGAAUGAAACCCAAUUUACUGGAAAUGAAAUUGGAUUUUACAAGCCCAUAGAGUGUCGAAACGUAAAUGGUUACUCCUACAAAGUAGCAGUGGCUCUGUCUUUAUUUCUUGGAUGGUUGGGAGCAGAUAGGUUUUAUCUAGGAUAUCCUGCAUUAGGUUUAUUAAAGUUCUGCACAGUAGGAUUUUGUGGAAUUGGUAGUUUAAUAGACUUCAUUCUGAUUUCAAUGCAGAAAGUGGCUGAGAAUCUGGAAGUAAUUAUGUUUCAGAAAAUAAUGGAUGAGAUUGAGAUAACGAAACAAACCCUGCGACAGGGCAGUAAGGAGCUGAAAAUUGAACUGAGCAAAAUGACGCAGGAGCUUAAAGAAAUAGGGGAUCCUGUGAGAGAGGAGAAUGAGAUCAGAGAUGAGAAAAGAAAAAAUAAAGGGAAGAUACAAGCCCUGGAGAUUGGAACAAAUGUGGAAUUGGAAAAAGAUCUGGAGUUUAUGGAUAUUAGAAAUAAAAUCUACUGUUUGGAAUUUAACGUUAUCUCUGAAGAAAUUAAUGAAGAUAUUAGAGAUAAAGUUAUCAAUGGCUUGGAUAAUUUUCUGGACUGGAAUGACGUGAUGGAGCUUGAUAUAGAGAAAAUCUAUGGAAUUUACUGCAGCCAUGUGACAAUGGAAAAACUCUCAAGAGAUGAGCCAGUGCAUUUUGUAAAAAAGAAGAACAGAGAUAUGACUUUACAACAAUAUUUCAGCAACUUAUUCAGAAUUGAUGGCAAGAAAAUAUUUGGGAUAGAGGAAAUUCCCAUCAGACUCUUAUUAUAUGACUAUGGCUAUGACAGCAAGAUUAUUAUGGAAUACUGAUAAUGGAAGAUUGGACACUGAAAUUACUGGACUUAACAGGACUAUUGAAGAUGGAAGAUGGAAUUAAUAUGGAUAAUGGAAUAAUGGCUAUUGAAAUUAUUGGACCUAACAGAUUUUGAUGAGAUGGAUUAAUCGAUGUGUUUAUUUGGACUAUGGUUAUGACAAUAAGAUUAUUAUUAUUAUUAACGAGAUGGAUUAAUCGACAUGUUUAUUUGGAGAAAAAUUGAUAGA